UCAACUAUCGAAUCCAGGUUUUUCCAAGAAAGACAGUCGAAGCAUAGUCAGCAGUGUGGAGAUCCAGAUGUUCUCAUGGUGUCUUCAACCUCUCUAAGAACACUUGUGUUUGGUUCAUUACCAUCAUCGUCGGUUAAGAUGCCUUGGGGAAACGAAACGUACUUAGUUUGUCAGAGCAGCGUUGACGGCCUUGUUUGUCUGUACGAUUCUCACAAACCUGGUUUUGUAGUCAACCCCAUAACUGGAUGGUAUAGGCCUCUUCCUCUCUCGAGAUUACAAGAACGCAUGAUCUUAAAGGACGGUUACAUCGAGCUUGGACACUUAAACUUCAAGCCUGGGUUCGGUAAAGACGAGUUCACAGGGACACGCAAGCCUGUUUGGCUCUAUAACUCUAUAGAUAUAGGUCUUGAAAACGCUACUACUAUGUGCGAAGUUUUCGAUUUUAGCACCAACUCUUGGAGGUAUGUGACACCCUCUGCUCCUUGUCGGAUUCUUGGAGGCUUCCCCACUCCUGUGUUUGUAGAUGGGUCGCUUCAUUGGUUCACAGAGUGUGAAGAAACCGAGGUGUUAUCUUUCGAUCUUCACAGUGAAACUUUUAAAGUCAUCUCUAAAGCUCCCUUUGCAUCCACUGCAAGUCAUUGGCAGAUUCUUUUGUGCAACCUCAACAACCGCUUGUGCGAUUCCCAGUUGAAGCUGUCUGACCAAGUUAUAUGGUCGUUCAAUUCAUUGAACAAGACAUGGGACAAGCUCUGGUCCAUAUGUAUUGUUCCAACUUGGCGUUCCUUUGGUUUCCCAACAUGGUACGCUCUCUCGCCACUAGCAAUUUUUGUGGAGAAGAAGAAGAAGAAGUUGUUGUUCUAUGAUCCUGCUCACAAUCAUACGCUGGUGUUACACGACCCUGAAACCAAAUCAUAUGAUGCUGCUUUUUCUGAUAAAUCCAUUGGGUAUCCUGUUUGUUAUUUUCCAAGUUUAAUCUCUAUUUGACUAUUGUCAAUUGUUAAUAUCAAUCUUUGCUUGCAAGUUAUGGUUAUUGUGCUACUUGUUUCAUAGUAUUCAUUGGAUAUAAAAAACAUUUUUCAAAUCAUCUCUUGAUAGUCACUAUCACUAUGGAACAAGUACUGGGUGAACACUUUAGCUCAA